AUGGCUGAGGAGCCAGUGGCCGUCGAAAAGCCUCCAAAAAUCAGCUACAAGCAGCCACAGUCAUCGUCCGAGAGCUUUAGCAUUCAAGAGGAUUAUCUCCGGAGGCACUCACGAUGGAGCAACGCUUUAUUCGGUGGACAUAUCAGAUUCCCAGACGUUGAUGAGGAUAUUGGCCACACUAUCGUCUGUUUCCUCUAUACUGGCAAGUAUGAAACGCUAAGAGUCGGAUCUAUCCAAGAUGGCCCAAACAUAGUGAGGGAGAUGCGAAGGAGCGUUCAAGCGUAUCAUGCAGCCAGAAUUUACGGGUUGACGGGCCUUGAAAUGCUCGCCAAAAUGUAUAUUGAGAAGUUUAGUAAGUCGGUGUCCGUCUUCGAUUUACUACAAGCGGUGAAAAGUAUGUUUUCGAAACUUCCUGAAGGCGAGGCCUGGCUCCCUAGCUAUAUCGACGCAAGGCUCGCAAGAGAAUAUGAACGGGAUGAGAAUAUUUUCAAGGGGGAAGAGUUUUAUGAUCUUUUGGGAGAGCACAGAGAUUUCGACAAGGCUAUCCUUAGGAUGGUUAUUAAUACAUACUCCUCUCACUUAUCAUCCCUUCAAUUCAACAUUGAGCAGGAAAACGAAGCUGAAGCAGAAUACGCAGUUGCGGAGGAACCACUCCUUGUCGAAGAAGCCGUUGUUGAAGAGCCUCUCCUUGCUGAAGAACCCCGUGUCGAAGAACCCCCUGUCGAAGAAGUCGUUGCCGAAAAAAGUAUACUCGUUGAAGAGGAAAAACCUGCAGAGGAAUGUCCACCGCACGAGGAAUUUGCCCCUGUCGAAGAAGAACCUGUGCCCGAUGAUAACUUUGGGUGGGGUCAUAUCUCAAGGAACUAA